AGACAGCACACUGCUGCUUGAUCCUUUGUAUUCCAUUCAAACGCGUUUGGAUGUAGUAUUAGCAUUCAGAGAACCGCUAUGAUCAGACAAAGCUGUGGUCGCUGGAGGUCAGCUUUCUCCCUCUGCUGCCUGCCUUGGAUCUCUGGCUUCUUGUUAUGUUCUGUUGCUCUCUUAAGCACAGAACUGAGAUGUGUACAAGGGAUGCAGGUAACAUCCACAGGCCCACAGACCAUCCGGAAGGCCGAGGGAGAGAGCGUAACUUUGGGCUGCAGCUACACACCAAGCCCCUUAGAUGCCGGAGAACUUGACAUCGAAUGGUCUGUGGUCAGUCCAGACACCACGCAGAAAGAUCAGAUGCUAAUGUCAUACACAGGUGGCACUAAAUACAUCUAUGAUAACCACGCUCUUGCAAAAGGGCUCAGCUUUGCUGCUCCUGACCCCUCGAUGGGUGACGCUUCGCUCUCAAUCUCUGAGCUGUCACCUGCUCAUACCGCUACCUACCAGUGUAAAGUAAAGAAAUCACCUGGAGUGGACAUGCGCAAGGUGUCACUGGUGGUGAUGGUGAAGCCGUCUGUGCCUAAAUGCUGGGUGGAAGGAGGGGAGCUGGUUGGCGAGGCUGUGUCUCUGCACUGCCAGUCUGCAAAAGGCUCCACUCCCUUAAAGUACACGUGGAGGAGAGAAAGCACAGGGCCCAUCCCUGCCAUAGCCACACAGAACAGUGUGACUGGGGAGCUGAAAAUCAGCAACCACUCGCAGAGUUCCGCAGGAAUCUACCUUUGUGAGGUGACCAACGCUGUUGGAGCUGAACACUGCAGGAUCAACCUGAAAGCGAACAAACCUCCAAACAGAGCAGCUGUGAUAGUUGGCACCGUUGUGGGCUCUCUGCUCCUCAUCUUCAUCCUGCUGGUCAUCAUCGUGCUUCUUUGCUGGAAGUUGAGCGGCAGAUUUCACCAUGAGAAGGAGUUCUCCAAUGAGAUCAGGGAGGACGUUCUGCCCCCUGAAAGCCGCCCUGUAAGUCGCCAUACGAGCCGGAGCGCCAGUCAGUACCCACAGGUGACUUACAGCCCGGUGGGUGGGACCGACGUGAGCUCUUUCAGCGAAGGAUGCACACACACACCCCCGAGCAACAGCUGCACAACAGUCAAAUGCAAACCACUUGAAUAUGACCUCAAGUACGGAUAUGCAGUGUGACAACCACCGACAAAGCCAACGUGAGAAGCUUUCAGCUCCCGUUGCAACGUACGAAUAGAAGACUGGAAACUUGAAACUGAAUAUGUGGAGCAGCAACAGUCUCACAGAGUUUAAUUAACUGAACUCAAAGCUGUGCAGUGUGAUGGUUUUAUAACAUUGUUCAUGUGAAUUCCUUUAAGACUAAGUUUUCUUCUUUUAUGGGUAAAUUUUGUAGCCACUAUGAUUGUUCAUUCAAAUGCCAAUGAAUGUCAAUGUAGCUGAUCUUAUAUAUAUAUAUAUCAAUUAAAAAAAAUCA